AUGGGAUCUGUGCUGGGUUGCUCCUUCAGGAAGGGCAGGACCCAGCGCCCUUUUCCCCCCACAGUUGUAAAUAGAUCUCAGAUCACAGGCCUCUCCACCCAUGUCCUCACUCAUCCCAGGGAAGCCCAGGGGGUUGUGAACCCACUGCCACGUCUAUCGGUCCUCUUGUUUUAUGCAAAGAUUUGCUGUAAAGUAGAUUUCUUGAUCCUCCCUCCCUCAUCCUUUAUUGUAAAUAUUGUCUCUAAAUGUGUAACAUAUUAUAAAGAAUUUAUAAGGAUUUUUAAAGAUGUUUUGCUCAUUUAA